AUGUUCCCCAUGCCCCGCCUGAUGACCGCUGAAGAUGUGGCUCUGCACAUUUGCGAGGUCAAGGUAGCAGGGCGAGCUUGCAAAUGGAUUACCGCGGGCGUGUUCACUCUAUGCCUGGUCGGAUAUAUCCUGCACAUUAGCUCGCAUGUAAAUGUAUUGCACUCUCAGCAGCUGGAUUACGAACCCAUUGAUGUGGUGGCAGUUUCCCUGAAGCCCAGCUGCGUAACGCGGGAGGCGAUCGCCUCCCUGAACCGCUACCUACAGCCACGCGCCAUCCAUAUCAUCACCACCAGCAGUGACAAGUGCAGCAUUUUCUCCUUGUUUGCGGACAACGUCGUUUGCCACCUUCAGGAUAAAUUCCUAGACGGUGUCACCGUUGACCUUGUCGGUGACUUCUUGCAGCGCCGGCUUGGCCUUGACCAGCAUAAGCGAUUCAAAGGCCGGGAUCUGUCUGGCUGGUAUAUGCAGCAGUUCCUCAAGCUGGGCUCUGUGUUGGCGCUCCCAGGCCUGUCCAUAUACUACGUGGUAUGGGAUCUCGAUAUGAUUCUGCUGUCCCCAGUGCAGCUGGUGUGGCGCGACCGGGAACUGCCUGGGGGCGGCCUCGCUGGUAUGUCCGCCUCCGUCGGGCAGACCCAGACGCUCGUCAACAUAGGUGGCUCCGUGGCCCCCGGCUACAUGGCCAGCUUUCAGCGACUUACGAAGCAUGGCCUAGAGUUUGCGCCCGACGGUACAUCUUUUGUGACACACUGGAUGGUCAUUUACAAACCCUACCUUCUGGAGUUUCUCCGGGAGCUGUCUAAUGACGGUGAUGGGCCAACGGACUGGGUGUGGCGCAUCCUAGGGGCCGUGGAACCCCGUUAUGCUGAUUUGGGUUUUAGCGAGUACGCGUCCUACAUCAGCUGGGUACGGCAGCAUUACCCCCAGUCCCAACGCCUGGCUUCGCGCAAGACGUGGGUGCGGCAUCCCUUUGGGCAGAGGACUGUGAGUCUUCUGCGACUACUGCGCACUGAUCGUUGUUGCUGCCCCAACGGCAUGCUGUUAUGGUUACUGCGAUUGCUGGGACUCGUGUACACUGGCUACGAGGUUGGGCAUAUUCCGGAGUGCCGCUAUGAUGCGUCCGAGCACGCCAUGUCGUACGGACUGUAG